AGACCUGCGGCUAACUGGAUUUGAUUUAUAAGAGGGGAUUCUGCAGUAAAUGGCUGCUCUCUUCAUAUUGCUGCUAUGGAAAACAGAAUUGUCAAUAGGAUGUAGUCUGAUAAAUAGUGCUGAGUGAAGAUGCAGCUUCAAUAAGUGUGAAAUCAAUGGAAGAUACUUACUGCAUGAAAAGCCUUUUGAGAUUUUUCUGACAGGCACCUAUUUAGGAAACUUGAUCUGUUUCCUUCGGUUGCUCUGUUUUUACACCAGUGGAUACAAAUCAGAUCGCUUCAUUGUAGUUACACAACUAAUGUGGGACCAUGGCCUUUCCAAGAUCCGUGUGGCUGAACUGUGUAUGGAGAGCGAUGGUAGUCCGCCUGUUACACAUGGGAUUGAAUGCCACUUUUGCUUUUUGUAUACUUGGAUUUUUGCUUCACGCUGCAGCUGUGUCCUCCCAAAAAUUGGAUGAUACCAACCCAGUGGUGACCACCAACUUUGGCAAGAUAAGAGGGAUUAAGAAGGAACUUAAUAAUGAAAUUUUGGGGCCCGUUAUUCAGUUUCUUGGGGUUCCGUAUGCUGCCCCUCCAAUAGGGGAGCGCCGCUUUCAACCUCCCGAGCCUCCGUCUCCCUGGGCAGAUAUCAAAAAUACCACCCAGUUUGCUCCAGUGUGUCCCCAGAACAUUAUAGAAGGCAGGUUGCCUGAAGUCAUGCUUCCCGUGUGGUUUACUAAUAACUUGGAUGUAGUUUCCACCUAUGUACAAGAUCAGAAUGAAGACUGCCUCUAUUUAAAUAUCUAUGUCCCAACCGAGGAUGUCAAAAGAAUAUCCAAGGAAUGUGCCAGAAAACCCGGCAAGAAAAUUUGUAGAAAAGGAGGUCCCCUUACAAAGAAACAGACAGAUGAUUUAGGUGAUAAUGACGGUGCUGAAGAUGAAGACAUUCGGGACAGUGGGGGACCUAAGCCUGUGAUGGUGUAUAUUCACGGAGGGUCCUACAUGGAAGGCACUGGAAAUUUAUAUGAUGGCAGUGUUCUAGCAAGUUAUGGGAAUGUGAUAGUCAUCACAGUCAACUAUCGCCUUGGGGUACUUGGAUUUUUGAGCACUGGGGACCAAGCAGCAAAAGGAAACUAUGGCCUCCUUGAUCUAAUUCAAGCUUUGCGAUGGACUAGUGAAAAUAUUGGGUUCUUUGGUGGUGACCCACUAAGAAUAACUGUUUUUGGAUCUGGUGCAGGCGGUUCAUGCGUCAAUCUGUUGACUUUAUCCCAUUAUUCUGAAGGUAACCGUUGGAGCAAUUCAACCAAAGGACUUUUUCAAAGAGCAAUAGCUCAAAGUGGAACAGCUCUCUCCAGCUGGGCAGUUAGUUUUCAGCCUGCAAAAUACGCCAGGAUGUUGGCUACAAAAGUCGGUUGCAACAUGUCAGACACUGUAGAAUUGGUAGAAUGUCUACAGAAGAAGCCUUAUAGAGAACUCGUUGACCAGGACAUUCAGCCAGCAAGAUACCAUAUAGCCUUCGGACCAGUAAUUGAUGGCGAUGUGAUACCAGAUGAUCCUCAGAUACUGAUGGAACAAGGAGAGUUCCUCAAUUAUGACAUCAUGUUGGGAGUUAACCAAGGGGAAGGGUUAAAAUUUGUUGAAAACAUUGUGGAUAGCGAAGAUGGCAUAUCAGCUAGUGAUUUUGACUUUGCAGUUUCUAAUUUUGUUGAUAACUUAUAUGGAUACCCCGAAGGCAAAGAUAUAUUGAGGGAAACUAUUAAAUUUAUGUACACGGACUGGGCAGAUCGACACAAUCCUGAGACCAGAAGGAAAACACUGCUGGCUUUGUUUACUGAUCACCAGUGGGUUGCACCAGCAGUGGCUACAGCAGAUCUUCACUCAAAUUUUGGAUCGCCUACAUAUUUCUAUGCCUUCUACCAUCAUUGCCAGACAGAUCAAGUACCUGCAUGGGCAGAUGCUGCCCAUGGAGAUGAGGUCCCUUACGUACUAGGAAUCCCCAUGAUUGGUCCUACUGAGUUAUUUCCUUGUAACUUCUCAAAAAAUGAUGUCAUGCUAAGUGCAGUGGUGAUGACGUACUGGACAAACUUUGCAAAAACUGGUGACCCAAAUCAACCAGUGCCACAAGAUACAAAAUUCAUCCAUACAAAACCAAAUCGUUUUGAAGAAGUAGCAUGGACCAGAUAUUCUCAGAAAGACCAACUGUAUCUUCACAUUGGAUUAAAACCACGAGUUAAAGAACAUUAUAGGGCCAAUAAAGUGAACCUUUGGUUGGAACUGGUACCUCAUCUGCACAAUCUUAACGACAUCUCACAGUAUACCUCUACCACAACUAAAGUGCCAUCAACUGAUAAUACUUUCAGACCAACAAGGAAAAAUUCUGUUUCUGUUACUUCAGCCUUUCCUACAGCCAAACAAGACGAUCCCAAACAACAACCAAGCCCAUUUUCCGUGGAUCAAAGGGACUAUUCAACAGAAUUGAGUGUUACUAUUGCAGUUGGUGCAUCUUUGCUGUUCCUGAACAUUUUGGCCUUUGCAGCAUUGUACUACAAAAAAGACAAGCGGAGACAUGAUGUUCAUAGGAGAUGUAGCCCACAACGUACUACUACCAAUGAUCUUACCCAUGCACAAGAAGAGGAGAUAAUGUCCCUCCAAAUGAAGCACACUGACUUGGAUCAUGAAUGUGAGUCCAUCCAUCCACAUGAGGUGGUUCUUAGGACCGCCUGUCCCCCAGACUACACGCUAGCUAUGAGAAGGUCUCCUGAUGAUAUUCCCUUAAUGACACCCAACACCAUCACAAUGAUCCCCAACACUAUACCAGGGAUUCAACCCCUACACACAUUCAAUACAUUUACCGGAGGACAGAACAAUACUCUGCCCCAUCCUCAUCCCCACCCCCAUUCACAUUCAACAACCAGGGUAUAGCCAGACAAGACAAAACAAACUUUAUUUUUUGAUGGAUUACAGUAGGUGAUAUUACUGAAGAUUACUUGGCUUUCAACCUACAAGACUCUUACUAUUUAAAUAUGGAGGAAUAUUAUGUGAAUAUACAUAUCAAGAACUUUUGGGGUUUUGAAAAAAAUGAAUUGUACAUAUAUCAAAUGAACUUAAGAAACAAACAAAAGAAAAAACAAACCCAACUGUCUGCAAUUGCUUGAAGCAGUUGUCCUGAAUGAUACUUUGUCAUUCACAUUCAAGUAUUAAUUUUUUGAAGAUUUAAGUUACAUAAUGGAAUUAGGCAUGUGCAACACAAACAGGAAAGAACUAUGACUGAAAAUUUUAAAAAACCUAUAAAUAUGCACAAGGGACACACUAAUGGAAUGUCAGAUAAUUUUCACCAAUUUUUAUUUGGACCUGUUUUCUUGUGUAGACCAUAUUUACAUAUUUGAAUAAGUACACAAAGCACCAAUGCUGUUAAGGCCUUAGAAAGGGGCUCAUGCUGAAAUCUGCCAGUCAAAGAAGUUUUACAGCCUGGCAGGUACAACAUUAUCACAUAAGUGCUGUCAGUAUAAAAGUUGUGGGAAUAAAGGAAACUGGGUAUUUUUAGCACGAUGUGCAUGAUAAUUUAUAUGCUUGGUGGCUGUGCUGCUGAUUAAGCCGUAAUUAAAAUUCUCCUCAUCCCAUUGGAGUUUUAAUAGAAGCUUUCUCCAUCAAUUGGCACAACCUAAAGAAGUUUUUUAAAGGGGCAAAAGUAAUUACAGUAAAAUAUUUCAUGGUAGCUUCAGAAAUAGAAUGAAUUGCAACAAGUUCUUAAAAGUAUUUAUGGCAUUCUAGUUAUCCAGUGGUGAACCCUCGUUGAUACAAAUCCCAGACCCCCCCCCAAAAAAAAAAAGCUAUAUUAUUAACGUUCUUUUUCCUUUCCACCUAAAUAAUUUCUAACUUUAACAUAACUAUAAAUUUAAUGGAAUCUCCUUUGAUGACGGAUUUAUAAUUUGCUGUGAUUUAGUUACAAUAUAUUUAGUUCAAAUUGGUAAGGUAAAGUGUGUCCAAGAAUUUAAUUGCAAUGAUAUUUUGCAAUGGAAAAAAUGCCCCAAUAUUACCGUUCUGAUUAUGCCUUUCAGUUUAUUCUUCAAACUCAUGUUGCAUGUUACAAAGUUUACUUAUAACGCUUUCCUAUAAAGUUAUUUCCCUUUUUGCUAUACGUUAACUUUGCCAUUCAAAUGAAUUCUCUAGACCAGAUGGCAACAGUGUAGAAAAAGAGGGUGCAUAAGAAUGAGGAGAGAGCCAACAACUGGAAAUUUUACAGUCUGAAUAUUACGUAUGUUUGUGUGAUUUGAAAUGAAUGUUCUAAAAUCACAAGAAAUUUUUCAUUCCCCUGUUGCUUUCCAGCAAUGAUAUACCACAGUCCUUUCAAAAUGUUUGUAUAUGUAAUCAGAUGUACAUUUAUAUAAAAGAAAAAAUUGAGAUGGACUUAAGAGCACAUCCCUGAUAAAUACUUUCUCUCUUACCUGUACUAUAUUUCUAUUAGACUAAAGUUAUGUGAUUUUUUUUUACAUUUUUUCAAAUUACUAGCAAUUUUGAUAGUUUGUAAGAUAAUGCGAAGAACUUUCUCUGACAAACUAACUGCAGUAACAGAAACAUUUCUUUUCAGUUACUCUUUUUCAAGAAUGAAAGCUUAUUACACACAAAAAUUGUAUACUACUUGAUGGAAAAUUACUUUGUACUUCUUGGCCAUAAUACUGGUCACUGAGUGAAAUAAAGAUAAUCUGGAUAAUGAAUAUUAUUCCAAUGCUAAGAGAUCUGAUAUUUGCUCAUUAAAGAGCUAAAAUGUUUAUUGCUGUUUUGUCAUUUUUUAAUGAAGUAAUGGUAACUGUCUCAAAUAAAGAGUAAUAUCUUAAGACCAGUCUGGUUUUUGAAGACAUGAACAUGCCUUCUACAGCUAAUACGACUACAUAAUUAUGGGACAGUCCCACCUACAACCAUUUCUUACAGAAACACUGACAUUGUGACUCUAUGAUUGUAUUACAUGCAAAUCUCCCCUAGUUUUCAGGAAUAAGGUAAAAGUGCAAAUAUCAAUACUGAAAAAAAAAAAGCCAAGGAACCGGCUUAAUUGAAAUAAAUCUGCAAUAUUCUGUGAGGGGAAAAAAAAAAAAAUCAGGUUGGUUGGGUUGUUUGGUUUAUUUUUUUUGUGAUUGAGCUUUCAUUAAAGAUUGCUAGGAAGUUCAAAGUGUGUUUGCUAACAUCAAGCAUAAAUGUUAAAACUGAAGUUGAAAGCAAAAUAAAGUAUUGCAAUUUCAGUCAUUUUAUUUAGCUAUUAA